AUGAAUCUGAGGGGACGGCCAUCGAAGACAACACCCAAUGAGAGCUCGGAGUUAGAGGAACUCAUAUCAGACACAACUAACACUUCACUCACUGAUGCAAAUCAUAAUGAUUCAAUGGAUACACAAACGGAACCAUUGGAACCAAUGGAUUCCAAACUCAAGAAUAUGAGUACCACUACUGGCAUUGCUAUUAAUAAU